AUGGAUCAUUUGGAUCUUAAGUCGUCAUCCAAUGGUAGUAAAACUAGAAGAAGAAGGACAGCAUUUACAAGCGAACAAUUAUUAGAAUUAGAAAGAGAAUUUCAUGCAAAAAAAUAUUUAAGUCUAACGGAAAGAUCUCAAAUAGCAUCCACGUUAAAAUUAAGCGAAGUUCAGGUGAAAAUAUGGUUUCAAAAUAGGCGUGCCAAAUGGAAAAGAGUUAAAGCUGGUUUAACAUCCGCGAGUGCGGGUAGGAGUAGCGGAGGACAAACAGGAAAUGGUACUAAAAUUGUCGUACCCAUACCUGUACACGUCAAUAGAUUUGCCGUUAGGAGUCAACAUCAGCAAUUGGAAAAAUGCGGUCCCGGUUUUUUAUAUUUAGGCGGUUUGUCAUCUCGUAAUAACCUAUUAAUUAUAUACGUUGAAAACGAGGGGAAAUAA